AUGUCGGACGACGAGGGAGAGACGGCCAUGAAGGCUUUGCGCCUUCCCAAGAAGGCCGCCAGGGUCAAGAAUAAGGCAGCGGCCCCGGUUCAAAUCACAGCCGAGCAGCUGUUGCGUGAAGCGAAAGAGCGUGAGCUCGAGCUGAUCGCCCCGCCGCCGAAGGCCAAGAUCACCGACCCGGAAGAGCUCGCCGAGUUUCAGCGCAAGAAGCGGAAGGAUUUCGAGGAUGGUAUUAGGAAGAAUCGCUUUCAACUCGCCAAUUGGAUCAAGUACGGCAAAUGGGAGGAAAGUAUUGGCGAGCUGCAGCGCGCACGCUCCGUCUUCGAGCGAGCCCUCGACGUCGACCACCGCUCGAUCACCAUCUGGCUGCAAUAUGCCGAGAUGGAGAUGAGGCAAAAACAAAUCAACCAUGCGCGGAACAUCUUCGAUCGCUGCGUCACGAUCUUGCCGCGAACGAUCCAGUUCUGGCUGAAGUACACCUACAUGGAGGAGCUGAUCGGGAAUAUCCCAGGAGCUCGUCAGGUCUUUGAGCGCUGGAUGGACUGGGAGCCGCAAGAGCAGGCUUGGAACACCUACAUCAACUUUGAGCUGCGCUACAAGGAAAUCGAUCGCGCGAGAACAAUCUACCAGCGCUACCUGCACGUGCACGGCGUCGACCCGAAAAACUGGAUCAAGUACGCGCGGUUCGAGGAGCGCCACGGGUUUUACGGAAAUGCACGAGCGGCGUUUGAGCGGGCAAUGGAAUACUUUGGGGAGGACAACAUUGAUGAGCAUCUACUCGUCUCCUUUGCCCUCUUCGAGGAACGUCAGAAGGAGCACGAGCGGGCUCGUGUUAUUUACAAGUACGGCAUUGAUCGUCUACCUCAAGACCGACAGAAGGAGAUCUACAAAUACUACACGCAGCAUGAGAAGAAGUUCGGCGAUCGGCGCGGCAUUGAGGAUGUGAUUUUGGGAAAAAGGAAGGCCCAGUAUGAAGAUCAAAUCCAAGAAAAUGGCUUCAACUUCGAUGCCUGGUUCGAUUAUUUGCGGCUGCUGGAAAGUGAGGGCGCUGAUCGCGAAACGAUCGAGGACACCUACGAGCGUGCCAUCUCUAACGUCCCUCCAAGCAACGAAAAACGGCACUGGCGUCGCUACAUCUACUUGUGGAUCUACUAUGCGUUGUACGAGGAGCUGACGUGCCACGACAACGAGAAGACCAGGAUGAUUUACAAGGCGUGCCUCGACGUCAUCCCCCACAAGCAGUUCACCUUCUCCAAAAUCUGGAUCCACUACGCCCAGUUCGAGAUCCGCCAGAAAGAUCUGAAAAUGGCGAGGAAGAUUUUGGGAGUGGCCAUCGGAAAAUGCCCGAAAAGCAAGCUCUUCCGCUCGUACAUCGACCUCGAGCUGCAGCUGCGCGAGUUUGACCGCUGCCGCGAGCUGUACAAGAAGUUCCUCGAGUACGAGCCGGAGAACAGCCAGACGUGGAUCAAGUUUGCCGAGUUGGAAACGUUGCUGGGAGAUGUGGACCGCGCACGAGCCAUCUUCGACAUUGCGAUCCAACAGCCGGCACUUGACAUGCCUGAGCUGCUCUGGAAAUCCUUCAUCGACUUCGAGAUCAGCGCCGAGGAGCAUGAGAAGGCGCGUGACCUGUACGAGACGCUCCUCAACCGCACCAACCAUAUCAAGGCAUCAGUUUUCUUGGCCGAGUUCGAGCUGUCGAUCCCGCAGGAGGAGAGGGCGAGAAAGACGUUCGAACGAGCAAACCAGGCCCUGGAAAACGGGGAAAAGGAGGAACGCUUGAUGCUGCUCGAGGCGUGGCUGGAGGCGGAGAAGAAGAUUGGCGACGAGGCGGCUAUCAAGCGUGUCGAGGCGCUGAUGCCGCGCAAGGUCAAGAAGCGCCGUCAAAUGCAAACGGAAGAUGGUGUCGACGCCGGCUGGGAGGAGUACUUCGACUACAUUUUCCCACAAGAUCAAGCAUCGCGCGGUAGCAUGAAGCUGCUCGAGGCGGCGGCCAGGUGGCGGGCCCAACAGGCGCAACGGGAGCAGGUUGUCGCCGAAGCGGCCGGAAGUGGAGAUGCUGAACAGCCCGCGGAGGAAGAAGAGGCGAACGAUCGUGAGAAUAAGGUACGUGAGGGCGACUCGGACACGGAUAUGAGCUCGUCCUCCACAUCUUCAUCAGACGACGAUGAGGAU